AAUGGCUUGUAUAAUUGCUGGUCUAUGGCAAGAAAAUCAAUUGGAAAUGACACUAGAUGAAUAUACUAUAUAUGAGAAUAUAAUGCAAAUUUUCCUCUCUAAAAGGGAUUUUCUAGCAGCAAGAUAUAUUAUUGGUCAAUAUGAAUUUUUCAAAAAUCAUUGCCAAAAGAUUCACUCAAUAGAGGAGGCUUUUGCUGAUUUUAAAAAUCUAUUCCUAUUAAAAUAUGCUUUGGAUUUGAUUCAGGAAACUAAUUUGGAGAUAUUUAAUGCUAUUGCUAAAGAUAGGAAAGAAAUUUUUGCAGUAUUGGAAACUGAUGAACAAAUUAUUCAAGUUAUUAAAAGUAGAGAUUCGCAAUUGGUUCAACUUGAAAAGAUAACAUUAGAAUUGACCUUAUUUCAAGUUAUCCUUGAUCAUUAUCAAUACAACAUUACAGAUAUACAUUUUAAAUACGUCAAUUUAAAUCUACCUUCUUUCAUGUAUCUUUGUAGAAGGUAUUUAAAAAACAAGUUGGAAUGUUUAAAUCUAUUUGGUGGUGUUGAAGAUUCAACUCCUAUUCAACAUCUUUACGAUUUAAUAUCCGAUAUGAAACAUUUACAAGUUUUAAGCAUUGCCAACAUCUAUUUUGAAGGCUCUGUAUAUUCACCAUUCUAUAUAGAAACUUAUACUCUACAAGAAUUAACCUUAAUUAAUUGUAAUUUGAAAAACUGUUCAUCAAAUUUCUUCAAUAUGAGACUUCAAUGCCUGAAUAGUUUAAAUUUGUCGCAUAAUCAAUUUACAGAUGAAAGUCUCAACAGUCUAUUUGAAAUGUUAGAAAAUAGUAGAUAUUUAUUAUUUUUAAAGUUGUCACAAUGUCCUUCCGUUUCGAAUAGAAUAGAUAAAGUUUUAAAAUUUUUACAAACUUCUAUGAGAAUUUCUUCAUUGAGCUAUUCAGAGAAUAGAAUUCCUGGCCAAUAUGGUUAUAAAUUAUUCAAUAUCUUGACUGAAAAAUUUACCAAUAUGACUUGUAUACAAAUCAAUAAUUGUGCAUCGGAAUUUGAUUCAAAUACUUUUAAUCAUUUUUUGGAAAGAAAUAAAAAACUAAAAGUUUUGGAAUUAAAAGGAAAUUAUCUAAAAGAAAAUAACAAUCAUUCAUUUUUAAAAAAUCUAAUGUUAUCCAAUUCAUUGGCUUAUCUAUCACUUCCAAAAAUUGAUAAUCGGGAGCAGAACAGCCAAAGUAAUACUUCAAUAUUUGGUGAUGUUGUAUCUUUAUUAGAUUUGCAAGCAUUAGAUAUUGGUGGAAAUUCACUUCAAGAUGCUUUUAUACAAGAAUUUUUGAUAAAAGUCUUAAAAACUUCAGAGAAUUUACAAUAUUUAUAUUUAUAUAAUUUAGAAACUUUUAAAAAGAAAAUAACUUAUACAUCUCAUUAUAUAAGCAAUUUUGAUGAAAAUUUUCAAGUACAAAAUCACAAGAAUAAACAGGAAACUAAUAUAAACAAUCAUUUUUUAAAUAGAAUAGUACAGUCUCUCGAAAGGAAAUCUAAAUUAACAGAGUUGAAUUUGCAGAAUAAUCCUCUUGGAAUUGAUCCUGGAAAGAGGUUAUUUGAAUUUAUUAUUUACAAUUGUCAAGAAUUGACUAUAUUAUCUUUAAGUGACUGUCAAAUUGAUCUUAACAUUGGACAUCUUGUUGGUGAAGCUAUUGGAAAGCAAACUAGACUGGUUCAGUUAAAUUUACAGAAUAACCCUCUAGGAACGGCAGUUGGGAGUAGUUUAUUUAAAUGUAUUAAGGAAAAUUGUGCACUACUGGAAGAGAUAUACUUAAGUAAUUGCGAAUUUGACUCAAAUAUAGGAAAUGUCCUUGGGGAAGCAAUUGGAAGACAAUUUGGACUCGCAGUACUAGAUUUGAGUAAAAAUCCGCUAGGAACGGAAGUCGGAAACAGUCUCUUUGCAAAUAUUAAGGAAAACUGUACGGAAUUAAUAGAAAUUUACUUGAGCGAUUGUCAAUUUGAUUCCAAGAUUGGUAAUAUUAUUGGUGAGGCAAUUGGAAGACAAUCUAGGCUGAUGGAAUUGAACUUACAAAAUAAUCCUCUUGGAACAACAGUUGGAAAGAGCAUAUUUGAAAAUAUUAGGGACAACUGUACACAAUUGACUGUAAUAAGUUUGAGCGAUUGUCAAUUUGACUCGAAUAUUGGAGAUAUUGUUGGUGAAGCAAUUGCAAGACAAACUUUGUUGGCUCAAUUGUAUUUGCAGAAUAAUCCUCUUGGUUCGGCAGUUGGACACAGAAUAUUUAAAAAAAUUAAAGAAAACUGUACAGAAUUGGUUGUCAUCAAUUUAAAAGAUUGCGAAUUCGAUUCAAAUAUUGGUAAUAUUGUUGGUGAAGCAAUUGGAAGGCAACAUGCGCUAUCUCAAUUGUUCUUGUAUAAAAAUUCUCUUGGAUCAGAGGUUGGAAAGGGGAUAUUCGAGAAUAUUAAAAAAAACCUUACACAAUUAACACUAAUUUGCUUGAACGAUUGUAAAUUCAACACACACAUUGGUUCAAUUGUUGGUGAAGCAAUUGGAAAGCAAUCUACUUUAAAAGUGUUGAAUUUAGGGAAUAAUUCUCUUGGAACAGAUAUUGGCAAAUGUUUAUUCGAAAAUAUUAAAGAGAAUUGUAAAGAUUUGGAAAUAGUGGGUUUAAGAAAUUGCGAAUUUGAUUCAAAUAUUGGUGUUAUUGUUGGCGAAGCAAUUGGAAAACAAACUAAAUUGGUAGAAUUAAAUUUACAAUUCAAUUCUCUUGGAACAAUUGUUGGAAAGAGUAUUUUUGAAAAUAUUAGAGAUAAUUGCAGACAAUUGACUGCAAUAUGCCUAAGUGAUUGCGAAUUUGAUUCGAAUAUUGGUACAGUCGUUGGAGAAGCAAUUGGAAAACAAAGUAAACUUGCUGAAUUGAAUUUACAAAUUAAUCCUAUUGGAACAUUUGUGGGACAUGGAUUAUUCAAAAGUAUAAAAGAGAAUUGUAGGCAAUUGGUAGGAAUUUACCUAAGUGAUUGCGAAUUUGAUUCGAAUAUUGGUACUGUUGUUGGUGAAGCAGUUGGAAAACAAUCUAAACUGAGUAAGUUGAAUUUAGAGAGUAAUCCUCUUGGACCAAUUGUUGGAAAGAGUCUAUUCCAGAACAUAAGAGACAAUUGCACAGAAUUGACUGUAAUAUGUCUAAGCGAUUGUCAAUUUAAUUCAGAGACAGGCGUUAUAAUUGGUGAAGCGAUUGGCAAACAGCCAAAUUUAAAUAUGCUAUAUUUACAAAAUAAUCUUCUUGGAACAAUAGUUGGAAAUAGUAUUUUUACAAAUAUAAAAGAUAAUUGUCAACAAUUGAAACUCUUGUAUUUAAGCAAUUGCGAAUUUGAUUCGAAUAUUGGCGUUGUUGUAGGUGAAGCUAUUGGAAAGCAAUCUAAACUUCACAAAUUGAAUUUACAGAAUAAUCCUUUUGGAACAAUUGUUGGAAAGAGUAUAUUUGAAAACAUUAAAGAGAACUGUACAGAAUUAAGAAUAAUAUGUCUAAGUAAUUGUAAAUUCGAUUCAAAUAUUGGUACUAUUAUUGGUGAAGCAAUUGGAAAACAACCUAAACUCAAUGAAUUGGUAUUAUAUGAAAAUUCCCUUGGCUCAGCAGUUGGAAAAAGUAUCUUUGAAAAUAUUGAUAAUAAAUGUAGAGAAAUGACUUUAAUAUGUUUAAGUGAUUGCAAUUUCGAUUCAAAUAUUGGUAUUAUUGUCAGUGAAGCAAUUGGAAAACAAUCCAAGCUCAAUAAAUUGUAUUUACACAAUAAUCACUUUGGACCAGCAUUUAUAGAUAUGCUAUUUCGACAUAUUAAUGAAAGAUGCUCCAGAUUGAAUGUGCUAUAUUUAAGUAAAAGUGAAAUUGAGUCGGAUACUGAAUUUGAUUUUAUAUGA